GUUAACAUGACUGGUCGCGGUAAAGGAGGCAAAGGGCUUGGCAAGGGUGGAGCCAAGCGUCAUCGAAAGGUGUUGCGCGAUAACAUCCAGGGCAUAACGAAGCCGGCAAUCCGUCGGUUGGCUCGCCGUGGCGGUGUGAAGCGUAUAUCCGGGCUGAUAUACGAAGAAACGCGUGGUGUGCUAAAGGUGUUUUUGGAAAACGUGAUCCGCGAUGCGGUCACCUACACUGAGCACGCCAAACGUAAGACGGUGACGGCCAUGGAUGUGGUGUAUGCUUUGAAACGCCAAGGACGUACGUUGUACGGAUUUGGUGGUUAAGUUUUUUGGC